AAUGUAGAAAUUAAUUAUAAUAUACUUUUAUCCUCAUGAUUCAACUCCCUCUCUCUCUCCCUUCCCUUCUACGCAGAAAAACCAAAAGAGAGUUCAGUUUUCCUGCAACUCUAUUCUCUCGCUACGAUCUUUCCUCCUUUUUCCUUACGAAUUUCUUCUAGGUUUGGUAUAGAAGAUAAUGGCUUGUAAUCUAGAAUUGGAGGAUUGAGUAGGGGUGAUUGAUAACAAUGCGGUUGUUUCCGUUAAGUUCAAGCCCUAGCUCAAGCGAGACAAGGGAGCAGGCCAAUGGAGGAAGCAGUCGUUCUCUGUUGUAUCUUAAUGUUUAUGAUCUGACACCUAUAAAUAACUAUCUUUAUUGGUUUGGGCUUGGGGUAUUCCAUUCUGGAGUAGAAGUGCAUGGUUUGGAAUAUGGGUUUGGAGCUCAUGAAUACUCUACCAGUGGUGUGUUUGAAGUGGAGCCAAGAAGUUGUCCUGGCUUCAUCUUCAGACGUUCAGUGUUGUUGGGCACCAUCAACAUGUCUCGAUCAGAAUUUAGGUUAUUCAUAGAAAAGCUUUCUAGAAAAUACCAUGGGAACACAUAUCAUUUGAUUGCCAAGAACUGCAACCAUUUUACUGAUGAAGUUUGCAAGCAGCUAACGGGGAAGCCCAUUCCUGGAUGGGUAAAUCGGAUGGCUCGAUUAGUUUCAGGUUCGUUUUGUAACUGCCUUCUGCCUGAAAGCAUUCAGGUUACAGCUGUUAGGCAUCUUCCUAAUCAUCCUGCAUAUCUGAUGAUGAUGGGUCAGAAUCUGUUGCAUCGUCUUUUACUGAUAUGAGUGAAGAAGAUGCAGACCAUCAUCUGCUGACUCCAGUAAACAGUGAUGUCGCACUUCUACAAGACAAGCCAGUAAAGUUACCAAGGGAACAAGUGUGAAAUUGUCCUCGUAGGUGCCUAUUUUUCUCUGUCUUGGGCCUUUGUGUCAUUCUUAUUUAGUAUAUGAUGUCGUAUAGGUGAACAUUGCUGCUCUUUGUUACCCAUGUGCCGGAGCAAUAGCGAUGCCCGAGAAUUGUCUGUUGACUGUAAUUUUUUUACAAAAGAAAAUGUAAAAUCAUGCUUCGGUUUAUUUUGUAUUCCCAUGUAAAUGGUUCAUAGAUUUUAAGAUUCAUAGCAUUAACCUUCAGUAAUGAAAUGAUGGUAUAUUAUGUUGAAUUGGAAAUGAUUUUGUUUGUCUACA